GGAACAUCACCACCACCACUACCAAUCCUCAAACAAAGACUACGUCCAAAGCAAAACGGCAAUUACUAUACAACCACCACCAAUCUUCAAACACAACAUAACACAACCCAACCCAACGACACCGCCAAACAACCACACCCCCCCAAACCCCCGAAAAUGCCUUCACAAAAAACCCUCUUCCUCCUCGGCGGCAGCGGCUACAUCGGCACCCAACUCCUCCAGCAAGCCACGCAGCCCCCCCACAACUUCACGACCAUCCGGGCACUCUCGCGCACCCCACAAACAGACACGCACCUCACCUCCCACGGCGCGACCCCCAUCCGCGGCGACCUGCGCUCUCACUCCACCAUCACGACGGAAUCGCGCUCCGCGGACGCCGUGAUCUGCCUCGCGACCGCCUACACCUUCGGGCAAAGCGCCUCCUACGACGAGCUCGGCCUCCCAGAGGACAUGGCCGCGCUGGACGCCAUCGCCGCCGGGUUAUCUGGGAGCGGAAAGCCCCUCGCCCUGGCGAGUGGAACGCUGCUGUACGCGCCGCACCCGGAGGGGCAGGAGACCGACGAAACGUCGCCGGUGGACGCGAACCCGAUCAACACGCGCUCGAAGACGGACGCGUAUGUGCUUGCGCUGGGGGAGCGGCACGGGUUCAAGGCGAUGAGUGUGCGGCUGGCGCCGUUUGUGUACGGGCGGGGCGGGAGUGGGCUGGGGGCGUUUAUGCGGCAGGCGCACGUGACGGGGUCGUUUGUGAUGGUGGGCGGAGGGGGGAAGUGUACGACGACGGUGCAUGUGGAUGAUGCUGCUAGUUUAUUCUUGUUGGCGAUCGGGAGGGGUGGGGCCGGGGAGACGUUUAAUGCGAGUGCCGAGACGAGGGUGACGUUUUCCGAGAUGUUUGGGGCGUUGGCGGAGGUGCUGGGGGUGCGGGUGGUGGAUUUGACGGAGGCGGAGGCCAGGGAGAAGCUGGGCGAGAUGGUGGCGAGGUUCUUGGGGACGGAGAAUCGCGCGUCCGGGGACAAGGCCAGGAGGGUGCUGGGGUGGGUGCCUUCCGGUCCGGGGGUGUUGGAGGACAUUCGGUCGGGGUCGUAUAGGGAGUUGGCUCGGGAGUUGAAGGGAAAUUAUUAGGGAGUGGCGUGGCGAUGGUUUCGUUGAUUAUUCUAUAUGGAGGUCUUUGUUGCUAGUAACUACGUUGAGUGACUAAUGUCACACGGCAGCCCUCGCGGCAGCCUGUCUUGCAAGAUACAUCAACCGCUUGACCAGGCACACGGUGAAAUAGAACGGCGG